AUGCAGGCUAGAGCAGUCAAGUACAGUGAUUUGGCCUUGGUGUCUAGCUCUGCUUUGUUGGAGAGCUUCCAGAGGCUACAUAUGAAAAGCAAAUGUUGCACAAAGAAAGAGUUUCAACUGUGGGAGAUGGCAGCAGGGAUUACCUAUGACCCUUGUGCAUUGCUCUUGAACAGUGCCUUGUUGGAGAAGGGUGUGCUACACCCUGUUGAACAGUUUGUGCACGACUGGAUGCACACAGUUCUACAAGGCACUUUGCCAAUUGUGGCAUAUGUUGCAGUGGAUGCUGCGCAAUGCUGGGAGUUGCUACACAAGCAAGUGAGCCUGUGGUCUUUUCCAAAGGCAUGGAGAGCAAAUGGGCUGGCAGAUUGCUUUGAAGACAAGAAGCUGAAGAAAUACAAGGAAAAUGAAAGGAUAUCUUUGCAGGCAUCAGAGAUGCUAACCUGGUAUCCUGUGUUCAGAUAUUUCUUGAUGAGCAGUGUUGUACCUCAGUCCAUUGCACCUGAAGCUACAGCUGCCUUCUUGGACAUGAGCAACUUGGCAUGUUAUGCUGUUGCUGUGCACAAACCCAUAAGCUCUGUCCUGGAUUUGCUGCAUUCUGGGAUUCCUGCUGGCAUGGUCACAAGGGAUUCUUUGCUUGCAAGAGUAGAGGAGUGCUUGGCCAGCUUUGGCAAGGCUGACUUUGACAAGGGUUGGGUGAAAAAGUUUCAUUGGCUCUUGCAUCUGGCUGAUGAAUAUGGAAGACACCAGAUGCUCCCAAGUUGCUUUACUGCUGAGCGAAAGCAUAAAGCAAUUACAAAGUAUGCAACUCCUAUGAAAUACACAGGCGCUUAUGAAAGGAGUUUGCUGGAACAGGUUGUUGCACAGGAGGUUUCUGUCUUGCAGCAACCAGGUUGCUUCACAGAAGGGGUCCACCUGACACAGCCUUGCAAUGCUUCCAAGAGGUGCCUCCAAUGGCUGUCAGACAUCUUAGGGGAAGACAUUAGCCAGGCAACCACCAGUCUGGAGGCCAAACUUGAAAGUGGAUGCAGAGUGAGUAAAGGAGAUGUUGUUUUGUAUACAAGUGUGUCCAGCGCCAUGCAGUUCAAUGUAGGGCAGGUGUUGCUCCACUUCCAAAUGCAUGAAACAUGUUGGACAGUGUUGAAAAUGUGGACACUGGUGGAGCAAUACAAACCUGGGCAGCAGCAUGUAGUUUGCAAAGCAACAGAAAACAUGGGCUUGAUAGAAGCAGCCGACUUGUUGACACCAGUUGCAUAUGCACAAGCAAACAGGGAGAAUGUCACCAUCCUGCUGCCCUUUGCCAUCUUUGCACAUGACCUGCAUGGAAGGUGA